AUGGAUGAAUCUGUGAAACAGUUGAACCAGCAAAUCCAAUCACAAGAAGAGGAAAUUUUGGGAUAUUGUUGUGCCGAUAACAAUGGAUUUUGCAUCAAUUCAUUCGGAAAUCUUGAAAACAAUGCUGAAGUCACAUCCGGAUAUAUUAGAGGAAUUUUAAAGAGAGCGAAUCGCUUGGCACUUUCCGACGGUCAAGCUAAUCCUACUGUAAUUAUUGAAUGCGAUUCUUACAAAUAUAUUUUGCAAAGUAAAGACAACACUAAUGUUUGUAUCGUUCGGAAAUCAUCUCAAAACAACAACGAAGGAGAGGCAGAGAAAGAACACGAAUAA